AUGGGAAGAUCCAGGUUCCCCGGGAAACCACUUAAAUUCCAGAACAGAAAGCGUGUAAGUGUACUCUCGGGCGCUGUUUACCAUGAAACUGCUCAAGAAAACCAUCCAGCCUCUCGAGGCUCGGGCAGCAAUGAUUUAUCUGGGGAGAAAGAGGAAGAAGAGAAGAAAGAAAAUAGUAAUGAAAAUGAUGCAAACUCUACCAGUGAAAAUAAAGUGAUUAAAGAAAUACAGAAAAACAAAGAAGAGAAUCAAGAAAGUGAUAUAUCAAAAUCACCAGUGCGCACUAGAUCACAAAAUAAAAUGGAGCCAAUUAAAGGUGAUAAGCCUAAACCUGUAAAAAAGACAGUAACUUUUGGUACUGUGGAGAGCUGCGAAGAUAUAUUCUUACCUCUUAAAAAAGUUCCAAUUAAAAAUCAUGCCCCUCUUGUGUCUAUAAUUAAAAAGAAAUCAUCAUUAAAACAAACUGAGUAUUCCUCCUUCAACAGUAUUCUCAAACCAGCCAAGUUAACAGAUCUUAGUUCAAAAUCCAGUAUAGAGUUGCAAGAUGGAUAUUUGAGAAAGAAUCUCAAUCCUUUAUCGAAGCCUAUCAACAAGUUCUCACAGUUUUGUGAUAGCCGUUGUAUUUCGCCACCACCCAGAAACAUUUCACCAGUUGAGAAAGAAAGUGGAAAUUCUGCAAAAUUUGUCCUGCCAGUUCGAAGUGCACACUCCUCACGGGUAAUUAAACCUAACAAGAGGUUUAUUGAUGGUGAAGAACAAACAACAAUAUCUAGUAGUUUGAGUUCUGGAAAAGUUCUCAAAAAGCCAAAACUAAAGAGGCUAGUUUUUAACAAUCUCCAUGAUGAUGAUGAUUCUCCCGAUGAAGAGGAGCCUGACAAAAAUGAUAAUGAAAAAUGUAGAGAAAACAGUCUGCUGCCCUCUUCCAAUUUAUUCAAAGAUAAAACAACAAAUUCAUUUUCCACUAUUAAUACUGGAAGUAAAAAACCUUUACGUGACCUCUUUUCUUUAGAAAAAGAUUCAGAGUUUCAACAAGAUGAGAAUUCAAAUGUUGAAAAUUUAGAUAAAUUGAAAUCUACUGAAUCCAAAGAAGAAAGGACAGGGCAUGCGAUGCGUAAACUUAUGGAUAUAUCUGAUGCAAGUACAUCACCUAGUACAAGUAGUGGUUCAGAGUCUGAAGAGAGCUGGGAAAGUGACAGUCCUACAGGAAGUGGUGAUGAGGAGGAACGACCAGCUGCAUCUAGUCCAGAAAAGGAUAAGUCUACAGCAUCACAACUGUUAAGAGGCAAAGUUAUCAUCAGGGAAGCUAGACUUCAGCUAAAUACAACAACACCAUCUAAUACAGGUUUAGAUGGACCAUUUUCCACUGCAGCACCAACAUCUUCCCCCAAUCCGCCUACAACUGUUACAUGUGGUGUAUGCGGAGCCGUCCGUUUCUACAGAUUUGUCAAACAGGCACGCAAAUUUGGAAUAUAUUCCUGCGAGUCGUGUCGUAAAUUCAUAUCAAAAAUGUUGAAGAAGGAGAAAAUGUCCCAAAGAACUGGCCCUGUUGUCAUGCAAUGCUUAAAAGGAGAAGGUAAUUGUCAUGUCCCACCAAUUGUGCGAUCACAACAAUGGAAGUUGCUACGUUGCACAAAUAAAACCCGAUGUCCAGCUUGUUGGUUGAAGAUGUGUCUAAAAGCCUUCCAAGUGCCACCAAAUAUUAGAGCCAGUCUUACAGCAAUGCUGCCACCACAUAUGAGAGCUAGUGCUAAGCCAACAGGGCCUUUACCACAAGUUAAUCCACUAAGGAUUUCAAGCAAUACUACAUCAACUCCGCAACCCAUGUUUAGCGCUCUUACUACAACCGAAAAUGAAAAUAAACUCUUUGGAACUAUAAAGUCUCCUAAGAAACCUUCAGAAGAAGUAGAAAUGCAGGAGGAAAAAGUUGAGAAGGAAUCUAAAGAAGAUGAGAAAUUAAAUGAAGACUUUUGUAACAAUAGAAAGCGACGCCUUACAAGGGUGAAGGUCCGAAAGAAAGAUAAAGGUGAUGUGAAACAGACUGAAGACCCUAAAAGGCAAAAAAUGGAACUUAAAGGACCAAGAGUCAAACAUGUCUGUCGAAGUGCAUCAAUUGUUUUGGGGCAACCAAUUGCUACAUUCCCGACACAAGAGGAGAAGGAUAAGCCUGAUAAAUCUCUUUCGUCUGAUGAUGAUAAUACUUUGCUCCCUAUUAAUGACAAGGAGAAUGGAACCCCAGAUUUAUCAAGCUGCGAAUCCGAAACUGAUACAGAGAAUAAACCGCUUCAAACUGUUCCAGAAACUGUUGUAAUAAAAGAAAGUGAUGCUGAAAUUCAGAUUGAGACUAAAAAGAAAAAGAUAGAAGUCACAGUUGCAACAAAACCUCAAACUAAGCUGGAAUCUAGUGAAGAUGAGACGGUUUUAGAUCUUAUUCCUAAGAAAUCGGCCCAAAAGCCAUUAUUAAACAUAACAAAUGUGCGUGGCCGAACGCAAAAAUGUGGACAAAAUCGGCCCGAACUAAUUUGCGUCGACUUCUGGGAGAGCUAUGAUCCCGAUGAAGUAUGCAGUACUGGGUUCGGCCUUAUAGGAACAGCUCCAUUUACUGUAGCCCGGCUGUGCUUCUUAUGUGGAAGUGCUGGAUGUGAAAAGAUGCUGGUAUGCUCAAGCUGCUGUGAAUGGUACCAUGGAUGGUGUGCAGAAGAUGUUGGACGUAGUGCAAGUAGUGGAGAUUGGACUUGUGCUCGUUGUGUUGCUUGUGCUGUGUGCUCCCGUGCUGCAGCAAGACUGCGUUGUCGAUCCUGCGCACGUCACCACCAUGCUGGUUGUUUGGUGCCUGCCCCACCUGAUCACAGAAGUGACUGGCCUCAGAUAUGCAGUGCAUGCUUGAAAUGCAAGAGCUGUGACAGCAAUCGCGUUAACAAAUUUGUUGGAAGCUUACCAUUUUGCAGACCCUGCUUUAAGCUUCGACAGAAGGGCAACUAUUGUCCUCUAUGUCAGGCUUGCUAUAGGGAUAAUGAUUUUGACAGCAAGAUGAUGGAGUGCGGAUGGUGUGGCAGAUGGGUUCAUGCAAGCUGUGAAGGUUUAUCUGGCGAAGGAUAUCAACUUCUUUCAGCAUUACCACCAUCAAUUGAAUACAUUUGUUGUAAAUGUAUGCCUCAUGACCCACCUUGGAGAAAAAUGCUAACGGAACAUCUAAAAGCACGACUUUUGCAUUUGCUUAAGCAGCUUGCAAAAAACAGGAAGGCAUGCGCUUUAUUAAAACUUACACCACAUAAAAAUACGCCCGUGCCCAACAAACCUUACCGUUUAAUGUCACCCCAAGCUAUAAGGAAAUUGCACUUUGACAAUGAAGAUGAAACUAUGAAGAAUACAACCGAGACCAAAGUGUACAGAAAUACUUCAAGAGGACGACGUAGUAAUCCUUCCCAAAAUAAAUUUGAUGGAAAUAAUUCCUCUCAAAAUAUUUGGAAUUGCUCAUCAUUGUUCACAGAAGUAGUAAUGGGAAAAGAAGAUGUGCCGCAUGCAACUCAUAAAGUUGUAAAUUUGCAAGAACCACUUAUGCAAAACAAAGAAAUUUGCUUUUCCACUGGACUGUAUAAUAAUAAAAUGGAGUUUAGUGCUUCCUGUGUUGAGGUACAUGAAAAUUUUCUAGGUCAAAAUAAAUCAGAGAAGGCUAUGACUAUGUUGCCUACAACAAUUCAUGAUGAUAAGUAUGAAGCAAUAUCAGAUGAUGAUGAACCAGUUAAGAGUUUCCCUCAAGCUCGUAGUGAACAAGAUCUUAGUCCAGCCUUAAUAAGACAAUCAAACUUACUCAAUGAAGACAGUUCACAAAAUGAUCUUAGUAGAUUAGUUUCACCAUCUCUGUUAGAUAUUAAGAGGAGAGUAAACUGUGAUGAAUACAUUUCACUAAAAGAUUUUAACCAUGAUAUGAAAGAUGUUAUUGAACGAACAUCAAAUGAUGAUCUUAAAUCAAUAUAUAAAGAAUUAUUCUCAGAAACAUUCCCUUGGUUUGACUGUGAAAAUAAUUGCCUUCAGCCUAACUUAGAAGUUGAGGGUGAACAAGAAGAUGGUGAAUUUUUAAAAGAUCAUGAGAUGGUUGACCAAAAAGGAGUGAAAACAGAACAUUCCGUUGAGAGGUCAUUAGAUCAGAUUGUACCAAAGUUAGAAUGUGAAGGAAGGAAAAUAGAAGAAGAGUUGUUAGAAUUUUAUCCCAUUGUAGAUUCAAGAACAUGUGUACUAUGUAAAGUUGUUGGUGAUGGCUCUCCUGCAAUGGAAGGUCGAUUAUUAUACUGUGGCCAGAAUGACUGGAUACAUGCUAACUGUGCACUUUGGUCUGCAGAAGUUUUUGAAGAAAUUGAUGGGUCUCUUCAGAAUGUUCACUCUGCAAUAUCAAGGGGGAAAAUGAUUAAAUGUGCAUCUUGUGAAGUCAAAGGGGCAAGUGUGGGCUGCUGUGCUAAGAACUGUAGUGAAACUUACCACUAUGCCUGCGCUAGAAAAGAGAAUUGUGCUUUCAUGGAUGAUAAAAGAGUGUUCUGCCCAGCACAUGGUAAUGAUGUUCCGAAAAAGAGUUUACAAAAGGAUGCUGACUUUGAAUUAACAAGGCCAGUUUAUGUGGAGUUAGAUAAGAAGAAGAAAAGAUACAGUGAAAUAAGUAAAGUGCAAUUUCUAAUGGGUUCAUUAACAGUUCAUAGUCUGGGAAAGAUAGUGCCAUCUGUUUCUGAUUAUGAAGAUUUCUUGAUGCCAGUAGAUUUCUCUUGCACUCGUCUGUUUUGGUCAUGCAAGAAACCAUCAAAGAUAGUGAGGUAUACAAUAAAGACGAAAUUAAUCCUCGCUGAACCACUUCCUGGUUAUGACUUUGGAGUAAAUAUAACUGUUGAUCAUACAAUGGACGGCAAUGUUGUUGAAAGAGCUAUUGCCGAAAUUGGGGCUUGGCACGAAAGUUUAGAGACAAGACAAAAAUCUGUUCUUAUGCUAAAGAAUGAUAAAUCACCAAUUAAGUUUGGCAAUUCAGUAACUUUGGAAGAUCUAGCUGUAAAACAAGUUGUAGAAUAUCUACUAGAUAAUGUGUGUAAACAGGAACAGCAAGAUGACGAAGAGCCUCAAAAUACAGCAGAUCUUUUGCCACCAGAAGUAAAAGAUGCUAUAUUUGAAGAUCUUAACCAUGACCUUCUAGAUGGAAUAUCCAUGCAAGACAUUUUCCCCAAACUUAUGUCAUAUGAAGAUCUUGUAGCAAUGGACUUGAAGAAUGAGUUUUUCGGAGUAAUGACUCAGUCUGAUGACAAAUCCGAUUCACGUUCCACUGACUUCAUUGAUGAACUUUUGAAUGCUCGAUUAGAAUCAGGAAAUAAAGAGUUAAAGAGAAGUAAGUCUGAAAUGCUUUUGCAAAAUCAUAACCUGAAAACACUGACUACUGGACGUGGGCAGCAACGCUCGACAAGCUUGACAUGGAAUAAUAGAUUCGAUACUAGCUUAUUAUCAUCAACUAUUAAACGAUGUAAAAUAGGAAAAACUUCAACAGUCACUGAAAAAUUGAGUCCAGUUCAAAGAAUUGCAGUACCAGAGAAUUCAUUGGAUUCUAUUAAAGAAAAUGAACAAAAUAAUAUUGAAAAGAAAAUCAAACCAGAGAAUGCUGCCAAUGAUAAUGUUUGCCAAGAAACACCACAUUCGUCAGGUAUCAAUUAUCGCCCAACAUCGCCGAAACAUAAAGAGGAUAAUUCUAAUGAGAAAACGGAUAAGGCUGAGGGCUACUACACUGACGUCAUAGAUUUUUAUACUAAAAUACAGUGUAGCCCAAUUUCUCAGUUAGAUGGUGCAGCAGAUUGGUCAGGUUCCGAAAGUACAUGCAGUUCUAGACCCAAUAGCCCACAAGAAAAUGAUUUUACGCCAAUUCAGCAACUCGAUGGGGCUGAAGAUCAUACAGGAAACAAUGAUAGUAUACAACGGAAUCACUCUAAUCAAUUCCUGUAUAGAGCUAGUGGAACUGAAAGCACAUACACUGUCACUAUUGCUGGUAAUGCCAUAAGUGGACAACCGGAGUUAGUGAUGAGACCUUUAGACGACGGUUCGGGGGCUCCUGGACAAGUGGAGCAACUUGUUAGAUGUGACAGAUGUCAGUGUACUUACAGAAACAAAGAGUCAUAUGACAGGCACGUUCCAUCAUGUGACAUGAUGUCAACUAGUGAAAGUGAGAGUGAAAAUCCAAAAUCACCAGAAAAUAGGACUUUGACAACUUUACAAAAUGCUUUCCAGGGUGCAUUUGCUCAGCCAAUGAUAAUACAUGCUGGAGUUGUUAGUGGAAGCGAGAACUCUGUUAAAGCAGAAGGAAUUUCUGCAAGAAGGACGUCAAUUAAUACCCGACAAAUAACUAUAAAUGGCACCAUUGUUGAAACACCGUCUCCAGGUUCCGGUAAUGAGAUGACUAUGACAAUUACAGAGCAAAUGAAAUCUGGCACAGUCAUAUUUGAUCAGAGUAAAACUACCAAUGUUCAAGUAUCCGCGAAUCAACAAGUACUCUCGUCACCGCAAAUUGUUGUUACUCCACAAAUGUUAUUGCCUCCUAAGACUAGUACAUCAAGUGGACAAAAAAUUAUGACUCCUCAAAUAAUCACACAACCAGGGAUUCUACCUUACAACAUCUGUGUUAAACCUAGUAAUGGUAAUGGAAACAUACAACAAAUUCAAGCUGGAACGGACAUGGCGCAAUUGCUAUCAGGAACAGGAGGUAUUCAAGUUAUAUCAUCUAAUUCUAAUCAAAUGUUAACAAUUCCCUCUAACCAAUCCGGAAAUAUCACGCCAAUGAUACAGGGAAAAAAUCAAGUAACAAAUUUCCCCAAUAUGGCUAGUGCAUCAUCUAUUGCUUUACCAGUAAAUUCAAUACAAGGAAUGCCAAAUACAUCAAUAAUACAAAAUAUCCAGCCUAUGAUCAGGCCUCAAAUUCAGGGGAAUCCUACCAUUGUUGUUCCCGCUAUGACCACUCAAAGACUUUCAUCGCCCAAUUCACAAAAUAAACAGCAAAUUAUUCUACCAGGGACUCCCCAAAAGUCGCCGAAAAAGCAACCCCCGCCAGUUCAACCAAAACCAAUUUUCCAAGCGGCAAAUCGCGGCAGAGGUCGCCCAAUGCCAAAACCAACUACAAUAAAAAGGCAAACUAAAUUAGAAAAGACUUUUACUACAAUUAAUCAAUCGCCACUUGGACCUGGAAAUACAGUAAUACAGUUACAAACAAACAAUCAGGCUGGGCAACCGUCAAUUAUUGUUCAGCCAGUAGCAAAUCAGAAUAUAAUGUCUGCCUAUGUUGAAGCAUUGUCUCAGCAGCAAAACCAAAACAUGCAGUACAUAGCAACUAUUGCUCCACAAGGGGACUUUAAAACAGGUCCUACACAAUUUAUAUCACAAAGUGGUCUUGUACCGCAAACAUUUCAAAUACAACAGACAGAGUCUGGCGGUUUAGUGGCUGUACCAAGUGGAGGCAUUCCAGUAUUACUGUCACAAGGAAAUGUGGGAAUUUUACCACAAGCAAUACAACAAGGAGCAACAAUUUUGCCCCAAGGUACAAUACAAGCUCAAGGUAUAAUUUCUCAGGGACCUAAUGGUCCUACUAUAUUGCCUCAGGCAAUCCACACACAGAAUGGAGCUACUAUUAUACCGCAAGGGACCAUUCAAGGCCUUGCACCUGGUACAAUAACAUCACAAACUGCUACGCUUAUACCAAAUAGCACUUUACAAACUGCUGGUGCUACAGUAGUACCUCAAAGUGGUAUUGGAAAUGGACAGACCACUAUUAUUCCAAAUGGAGCAUUACCAUCUCAAGGAGCAACAAUAUUACCUCAAGGAACAUUAUUACCACAAUUUUGCAAUGACCAAGUAUUACUUGGUUCUACACCUACUUUGGAAAUGGUUACUGAUCCAUCAGGUUGUAUGUAUCUAACAACAACACAGCCCGUGUAUUAUGGCUUGGAAACAAUUGUACAGAAUACAGUCAUGUCAUCACAGCAAUUUGUAUCCACUGCAAUGCAAGGUGUGCUUGCUCAAAAUAGCAGUUUCUCUGCUACUACAACACAAGUUUUUCAAGCAAGUAAAAUAGAACCUAUUGUGGAAGUACCAACAGGUUAUGUUGUCGUAAAUAAUGUCGGCGAAAGUGUAUCCACACAAGCUGCCUCCUCUACACCAAAUGUGGUUACAGCACAAACUGUCCAAUCAACACCUCAAACCCUGAAGUCAGUGAAGACUACUGUACCAAACUUAACACUACAACCUUUACCAGACAAACAAUCAAAUAACAAUAGUAAUCGACAGACUCCGAAAGUAAUUCAGAUGAGUCCCGUUCCAUUAACAGUUGGUUCACAAUCUGGUCCUGGAAACUUAAUGACAGGAAGGCAGAAUGUUAAUCCGAUUACCUCUCAAAUACACAGCAUGUCGUUAUCAAAUUCUACACAGAGUAUGCAGAAACCUAAUAUGUCCAAACCAAAUAAUUUAUCAAUGUCUCCUAACGUAACAUUGGUAUCCUCUACGGGCCAGCCUUUAAUGGCAAUAUCUCAGUCUAUACCUAAUUCAAUGCUGUCGUUUUCGAUGCAAUCAAUACCGUUGUCACAACCUAUAGUGUCAAGUUCAAUAGCUCCAUCGAACAGUAAAAAUAACAUGAAGAUCGAAAACUCACAUGUCAUAGAAAUUAGUGGAAAUGUUCAAGAAAAUUCUAAUUGUAGCUUACCCACGAUAAGUGUCAAUCAGAGUAUAAAAUCGCCAACACCAUGGCGAUUAAACCAAAAUAAUAUGGAUAACAAGAUGGAAUUGCAAAAUAUUGCUUUAAAAGCUAAUAGCACGACAAACAACUCUUCCAUGAACUUUCAGAAUAAUCUUAAUAAUCGACAAAUAUCGCAUGCUGAUCCGGAUAAAAUGAGUCAAAACUGUAUGAUGUCAAUAUCAAAUAAUGGAAACAACAUGUCUUCUGGUACCUUACAUUCCCAUCAAUUUGAAUCAAACUUAAAUGUUAGUCACCAUUCUUCAACUCAUUCAACAUCAAAUAAUGUCAUACAAAUUACUGCCGGAAAUAUUUACCCGCCUUCAUCAGUAAUGAAUGGUAAUUUUGAUGCCGAUACUGCGCUAAAACUAAGCAAGAUUAAUGCCCUUUCUAAAGCAGAAGGCGGACAUUUGAAUUUUUCACAAGAAAUAAUGGCAUCACAUUCGCAACAACAUGCACAGAAUGAGAAGAAUUUCCAGAAUAUUGGAAGUAAUGAUAAUAAGCAUAAUUCUGAUAGUAUAAAUAACCAAAUGAAUUUACACAAACUGAGUAGUUGUCAAGUAGCUGGAAAUAUGGGCAAUUCACCAUCCAUUAGUAUAAUACCACAUGCCAUACGACCUCAAAUGCAAAAUAACCAAAACACUAUGUCGAUGACUAACAACGCAAAUCAAAUGUGUUCUAUAUCAAAUAAUGGACACGUUCAAAUUCUAAAUUCGUCCAAUAAUUCUAUGCCAAAUAUUAACAUGUCUUGCCAAGAAGCUUCUAACAAUAGAAUGAACAUAAAUUUAAGUGACAAUAGUAUGCAUCAGAGUAAUCAACAACACGAUAUGUCCAAUUCGAUGCUACACAAUUCCAACAUGAAUCACGGAAAUAUGCCUCAGAUGUCUGAUAACAACCAACAUCCAUCUUCUAACCAAAUUCAUAUAAUGAAUGGUCAAAUCCAACACGGCCGUCAAUUGGAAAAUAAUCAAAUUCAGGCUAUGAAUCAAGUCUCAAAUCGAUCGUUUCACGAUAAUAUUAUUGGAACACAGCAAACUCACAAUCAAGGAAAUAUAAUUUCAAAUCGAAGCACUCCUGAUAGCACCAACCUUAUGAAUCAAUCUAUGAAUAUGCAUAGUUUGUCUAAUAACCACAACAUAAAUAGAUCUGAUUUGAAUGACUUAACUCACAUGCACAUGAAUCAAUCUUUAUCUAAUAUGAAUAACAUUCAAAACAAUAGAAUGAUGAUUGAUAAUAUGCAGUCACAUGCAAUCAAUAAUAUGAGUCACCAAAUGCAUUCAAAUAGGUCAAUGGAUUCCAUGCAUAAUCAACAGAUGCAUUCAAUGCAACAAAUGAGUCAUCAUAUUAACAAUUCUAGCAGACAGCAGAUGGACAACAGUAUACAUAUAAAUCAACAAAAUAUGAAUAUGCAACAAAACAGACAAAUAGAUAAUAUCAAUCAUCACCACCAACAUCAAAUGUCUAAUGUGAUGCAAAUACAAAACAACCGACAACAUACUGAAGGAAAUAUGAUGAGUAUGCACCAACAUGUACCGAAUCAAAUGCAUAAUAGGCAACAAAUGGACAAUAGUAUGAACAUGCACCACAUGUCCGCAAACACGUCUGGAAUGAAUUUAGGCAAUCAAAUGGAUAACUCUGGCAGCAUGCAGGGUAUGCAUGCUAACAGGCAUGAAAACAGUGCAAUGAAUAUGCAAAAUGUCAAUGCAAUGAAUCAAAUGCAAAACAACCGAAACUCAAUGGAACAUACAAGUCUCAUGCAACAUCAUAUUAAUAAUAUGAAUUCAAUGAAUAACAUGAACAUGCAUAAUAAUCUUAAUAAUUCAAUGCAAAUCACUAAUGCCAAUCAUCAAUCUAUGACCAGUUCAUUAAUGCAUGGGCCUAAUAUUCCGGAUAUUAAAAAUGAAAUGCAAAACUCGUGUAGUGGCAGCUGUUCAAAUAACAAUACACAGUUUUCCAACAAUCAAUCCACAUUUGAAAUGUGCUCUAACAUGAAUCCAAAUACGAAUCUAAACAUGGGCACGGGAAACAUGAUUCACGGCAUGAACGUGAACAAUUCCAAUAUAUCAAAUAAUAUGAUGAUGAGCUCUGCAAAUAAUAAUGGUAUGUACGGCUCAAAUGGCCAAAAUAACAUGGCAGGGCACGAAAUGCUGAUGAGUUGUAAUAAUUCUAAUGACCACAAUGUUAACAACCUUAUGUCAGGAAACACAAAUCAUAUGAUGAUGAACAAUUCGCAAACUCAUACGAAUUCUAAUCAAAUAGUAAGUAGCCAAGUUCCCAAUAAUGCUCAAAUUAAUAUUAAUAGCUGUACCUUGAACGCAAAUAAUACUUCCCAAAACAUCAAUAAUAUGGACAAUCAAAUAAAUAGGUCUAACAUAAACGUGAGUGAAACGCCUAAAUUUUCACAAGAACCGAUCCGAGGUAAAAAUAUCAUGGGACCCCCAUCCAACUCUAAUAUGUCCCUUAAUAAUUUAUCGAAUAAUGACUGUUCCAAAGUUAAUAUAGCACCUAAUGAUAAACAGAACCACACAAUAUCUGUGAGUAACCAAUUAGGAUACAUGCAGAUGAAUUCACAAAACAACAGAGUAAUUAAUCUUCCAGAAAGAAACAGAAUGAAUAAUACAAAUAUGGAGAACAAUAUUAAUCAGCAUGUUCCGCAACAGCACAAUAUACGUGUUGUGACAAAUAACAGUAACAAUAAUGUAGGGGGCAUAGCUGCAGAGCCUUUAACUUACCAACAAAAAACUGAAAACAACAGCACAAUGAUUAAUGUUCCUUUCCAAGCGAUACCAAAUAGCGCUCCUAUGAAUAUUAACGUAAACUCUAGCAACAAUACUGUAAAUAUAACUGUUCAAAACAAUCUAGUAGAUCCAAAAAUUGCUUCUAAAGCUGCAGCAGAUAUUAGUUUCCCACUUCAGACAAAUACCAACUUGUUACAAAAUCAGAGCAAUGCUAAUAACAUGAUAUGUAUACCCGUACAACAAAAUAGUACAAUUAAUCUGCCAACACAAAACAGUAGCAGCAUAACUUUACCUAAAGCUCCGCCUACUCAACAAUCGGGCAUACCGACAAAUGUUGUUAAUCCUAUGUCUAUGAGACCAAUGAACAGAGUCUUGCCAUUACACAGAGAUGGCCAAAGUAAAUCAACUAAAACUAGUGUUAGUAAAACAUCACCUGUUCCCAAGCAAAGACCUGCACCAGUGAGCCAUGAUAUGCCGGACUUAAACAUUAAGGAAGAGACUAUUGACAGUGAUCUAGAAAAGGCAAUUGAAGAAUCCAAACGAAUGCUUGAAUUAGAGAGAGCAAAGAGGGAAAAAGAAGAACGAGAUGCUGCCCGAGCUAUACAAUUAUCUGAGGAAUUACAUCAAGCUAAUACUAGUUCAGCAUCAACAGAGACAGAAACAAGAAGUCAUGAACCUAUAGAAACAAUUUCUAAAAUUACUUCAUUGCCUAGUUUGGACGCAGAUAUGGAUGUGGAGCCACCGCAAGUAUUGUCUGUAAAGGAUACAAAUAAAACUGUACAAACUAAAAUGCCUAAUGCUGCAGCGAAAGUAAUCAAGAGACCUUUUGGUGACAAGAAAACUGAAAAUGAAAUAAUCGUGACUAAAAAACAGAGUAAACUAUCAAAGGGUCAGGAGAAUAAGACGGCUCAACCCAAGCAAGCGCCUGAUCCACCCAAAGACGACGGGCCUAAACUAAUUUACGAAGUGACAUCGGAAGAUGGAUUCAAUUACUCAUCAUCAUCUCUGUCCGAUCUCUGGGCAAAAGUUAUCGAAACUGUACAAAAUGCAAGGAAACAGUCUGGUUUACCUCUAAUACAAUACAAUCUUCCAUCUACACUAUCUGGAGCUCACCUUCUUGGGCUAAACAAUAAUGCUCUAAGAUAUUUGAUCGAGCAGUUACCAGGGGCUAGCAGGUGUACUAAAUACAAAAUUCGCCAAGGUCGUGCACUGAGCAGUUGGGAUAAUGAUUUGGAUUUGAGCGAGGGCUUUAAAGAGAGCCCAUGGGGUAGUGCACGAACUGGACCCGUAUCGCGGAAGCAGAACCACGACAUGUUUAGCUGGAUGGCCUCACCAUUCAGAGAAGAACCACCGCCGUUCGGUGGACAGGAGGGGGAGAGCCUUAUAUCGAGGCGAUUAGCGACCUUGCCACCAGCGAUGAGAUUCAGACAACUUAAAGAGACAUCGAAGGCCUCUGUCGGCGUAUAUCGGUCGCACAUCCACGGACGUGGCCUAUUCUGUAAACGAGACAUUGAAGAAGGAGACAUGGUGAUAGAAUACGCCGGUGAGGUGAUCCGUGCGGUAUUAGCGGAUCAACGUGAAAAGCGUUACGAGGCUAUGAGCGGACGGCGCGGAGUUGGCGGAUGUUAUAUGUUCCGCAUCGACGACAACCUCGUUGUUGACGCAACCCUGAAGGGCAAUGCUGCUCGAUUCAUCAACCACUCUUGCGAUCCAAAUUGUUACUCCCGAGUCGUGGAUAUCCAUGGACACAAGCACAUUCUUAUCUUCGCGCUCCGACGCAUUACAGUAGGCGAGGAACUCACGUAUGAUUAUAAGUUUCCCUUUGAAGAAGUCAAAAUACCGUGCACUUGUGGCGCUAAGAAGUGCAGAAAGUACCUCAACUAG